UCGCGACACGAUCGAACUACAGAAACGAUUCGUUCAGUCAAAAUGAAGAGUCUGUUCAUUUUCGGUGUCGCGAUCCUCGCAGUUGCGAACUGCGUACAGUCGCAGAUUGUCGCGACUGAGAAGGGACAGAUCCAAGGUUCGAUCAACGUCUCUGUAAAAAGUUCCGUCAAGUACUCUAGCUUCCAGGGCAUUCCUUAUGCGAAACCGCCGGUGGGCAAUCUUCGAUUCAAGGAAUCUCAAGAAGCUGAGGCAUGGACCCACGUGAUGGACUGCACUAAGCCGAAACCCGUGUGCCUCCAACGCGUCGGCAAUUCAACCUACGGAGACGAAGACUGUCUCUACGUAGACGUCCACUCUCCCGUGACGGAUCUCAGUAACAUCGUUGAGAAGAAAGCAGUUUUGGUAUGGAUCUACGAUGCCGGACUCAUGACCGGAUACGGAGUCCACGACCAACUUGCUCACGAGUUCUUCGUCGAGAAAGACAUGGUCGUGGUUAAAGUCGCCCAUCGUUUGGACGCAUUGGGAUACUUGGCACUGAACGCUGAAGGCGCGAAGGGUAACGCUGGUCUGAAGGAUCAGAACUUGGCUUUGAAAUGGGUUCAAAAGAACAUCGAGAAAUUUGGUGGCGAUGCUGGCAGAGUAACUCUGUUCGGAGAGGGCACAAGCAGUGCUCACGUCGGCUACCACAUGCUCUUGCCUCAAUCGAAGGGUCUCUUCCACAAAACCAUUCAUCACAGUGGCUCGCCUCUCUGCCCAUGGGCGUUCAAGAAACGCAACGAUGCCAUUCAACAGUCGGAAGGCGUCGGUGCUCUCUUCGGCUUCUCCGCUUACGAUCACGAGCAGCUUUUAACACAAUUGCAAGGAGUUUCGGCUGCGGAUCUGUUGAACAAAAUUCAUGCGACCGACAAUUACUUGCUGGGUCCGCUCGCUCUUAAAUUCACAGUUACGGUAGAAGACUGGUUGACCGCUUCUCCCAUCGAAUUACUUCAAGGCGGAAACCUCAACAGUUGCCCGAGCAUGAUCGGUUUCAACAAGAACGAGGCUUUCGUCCUCAACACAGCAGGUGUCGAUGUUCUUAAAACCUCGAUUACGUCGUCUCUGCAAUAUGUCAGUAACAUACUCCCAGGAAUAAUCGAUUUCGCGCUCAGGAAUUUCGUGGACCUGUUGAUCAAUGCAGUUCAACAGGAACAUACCAUUGAGACAUCCGUCGCCUAUUACUUCUCCUGCUCGGUCGACCUCAUGCAAAGGUACUUCGUCAACAUCAUGCAAGACAUCCCCGUCUUUUAUUAUCGUUUAUCUCUCGAAACCGAGGACAACUUACACGAACUCUACGACAGUAGCGUGAGCGCCGGUGCUCAGUUGAGCCAAGACGUUAGCGUGUUGUUUGGUCACGAAGUAGCAUUCUCUGCCAGCGCCUCGAAUACCCUGAAUCAAUGGCGCGAGAAGAUGGUCGGAAUCUGGGUCAGCUUCGCCAGAGAUUUUGAGUCUACCGGUGGAAUAUCCGCAAGUGCUACCGGUGGCGUGCAAUGGCAAGCGUCGGGAUCCGUUGGAGCACAAAUGGACAUCGGAAGCGUUUGCUCUCUGGGUGGACGUCUCUUGAGUUCGUUCUACACCGUUCUAGAGAAAGUAAUCGAAGUGUGCCUGACGGUCAACACAUCGAGCCAGGGCAUCUUCGCACUCCGAUCGACCAUUUUUUGGUUUGAACUUAUGUUUCGACCGGUAUAUAAAUUGACCGGGGCGAGCUCGAUCUUCAGUAGACGAAUACAGUCAGCUAAAAUGAAAGACCUUUUCGUCUUUGGUAUCGUGCUUCUCGCAGCCGUUGCGAACUGCGUACAGUCCCAGGUCGUCCAGACCGAAAAGGGAGCAGUUAGCGGUUCGAUCAGCCUCUCGGUUUCGGGAUCUUUCAAUUACACUAGCUUCAGAGGAAUUCCUUAUGCGCAACCGCCGGUAGGCAAGCUCAGAUUCAAGGAAUCCGUCGAAGCUGAGGCGUGGUCCCACGUGUUGGAUUGCACUAAGCCGAAGCCCGUGUGCUUGCAACACGUCGGCAACGGUACCACCGCGGGAGAGGAAGAUUGUCUUUACGUCGACGUUCACACUCCUCACACGAGCUUCGAGAGCUUCGCCGAAAAGAAAGCAGUUUUGGUAUGGAUCUACGGUUCCGGAUUCCUGACCGGAUACGGUCUGCAGGAUCAAAAUGCUCAUGAGUUCUUCCUCGAACAUGACGUCGUCUUGGUUAAAGUCGCACAUCGUCUGGACGUAUUGGGAUACUUGGCGACGGACGUCAAGGGAGCUACGGGUAACGCCGGUCUCAAGGAUCAGAACUUGGCUUUGAAAUGGGUUCAAAAGAACAUCGAGAAAUUUGGUGGCGAUGCUGGCAGAGUAACUCUGUUCGGAGAGGGCUCGAGCAGCGCUCACGUCGGCUACCACAUGGCCUUGCCUCAAUCGAAGGGUCUCUUCCACAAAACCAUUCACCACAGUGGCUCGCCUCUCUGCCCCUGGGCAUUUAAAUCACGCAGCGAGCUGAUCAGUGCGGCGGGCAAACUCGCCGAACUCUUCGGAGCUGCUGCUGGAGCGAGUCAUGAAGUUAUUUUGGAAACUCUGCAAAAAGUUUCCGCCGAGACACUCGUUCAAAGUGUCCACGCCUUGAGUUUGUUGCCGGGACCUCUUUCCGUGCAAUUCGGUGUUACAAUCGAGGAAUGGCUGACGUCUGAACCCGCUAAAUUGUUUAAAAACGGAAAUAUCAACUCUUGUCCGGUGAUGCUUGGUUUCAACCAAGUGGAAGCAAUUCUCAUUACCGCGGGCACCGAGGCUCUCAAGAACGCUGUCUCCUCCAGUAUCCAAGGUAUCUCCAAGGCUAUUCCAUUGCUCGAAUUUGGAAUUCGAACCGCUAUCGACGGCGUGAGCAACAUUAUUGAAGACACGCACAUAGUGGAGACGUCCACUGCCUAUUACUACUCCAUGGCCAUCGAUCUCAUGCAAAAGUACCUGGUCCAAGUCGCGGGAAGUAUCCCUGUGUACUUCUACCGUAUGUCCCUCGAAACCGAACAGAACUUGCACGAACUCUACGACGGCGCUGUACAAGCUGGUGAAGAAUUCACUGCAGACUUUAGCGUGUUGUACGGUCGUCAAGUACAAUUCUCCAAGAAGGUCUCGAGCGCCCUGAACCAAAUGCGCAGCAAGGUUGUCGGAAUGUGGGUCAGCUUCGCCAAAGACUCCGAAUCCGCCAUAUCCGCUUCCGUAACCGGUGGCGUGAAAUGGGUUGCCUCUGGAUAUAACGGAAACCAGUUGGAUAUUGGCAAAGAGUUUUCGAUGGGCUUGCGUUUCCUGAAUCCGAUUUUCGUUGCCUUUGAAGGAGCGUAUGAAUUCGUGUUGUCUUUGGGUUCCGUAACCAGUAGCGUUAUCAGUGGCAUAUCCAGUAUCACCCAGUUUGGCCAUGCCUCUGGCCACCAUAUCGGCACUAGCAGCGGUGGCAGUCAAGGAGGUAUUUCCAUUGGUGGCCAAGGAGGCAUUUCCGGUGGCAGUAGCGGUGCCAACAAGGGUGGUAGCCAAAGUGGUAGCAACGGUGGAUCUUCCAGCACUGGCGGUAACUCUGGCAGUGGCAACAAUGGAAGCAAAGGUGGUAGCUCCGGUAACGGUGGCAGUCAAGGAGGCAUUUCCAUUGGCGGUCAAGGAGGCACUUCCGGUAACGGUGGCAGUCAAGGAGGCAUUUCCUUUGGCGGUCAAGGAGGCACUUCCGGUGGCAGUAGCGGUUCCAGCAAGGGUGGUAGCCAUGGUGGUAGCAGCAGUGGAAGUUCCGGCAGUGGCAACAAUGGAAGCAAAGGUGGUAGCUCCGGUAACGGUGGCAGUCAAGGAGGCAUUUCCAUUGGCGGUCAAGGAGGCACUUCCGGUAACGGUGGCAGUCAAGGAGGCAUUUCCUUUGGCGGUCAAGGAGGCACUUCCGGUGGCAGUAGCGGUUCCAGCAAGGGUGGUAGCCAUGGUGGUAGCAGCAGUGGAAGUUCCGGCAGUGGCAACAAUGGAAGCAAAGGUGGUAGCUCCGGUAACGGUGGCAGUCAAGGAGGCAUUUCCAUUGGCGGUCAAGGAGGCACUUCCGGUAACGGUGGCAGUCAAGGAGGCAUUUCCUUUGGCGGUCAAGGAGGCACUUCCGGUGGCAGUAGCGGUUCCAGCAAGGGUGGUAGCCAUGGUGGUAGCAGCAGUGGAAGUUCCGGCAGUGGCAACAAUGGAAGCAAAGGUGGUAGCUCCGGUAACGGUGGCAGUCAAGGAGGCAUUUCCAUUGGCGGUCAAGGAGGCACUUCCGGUAACGGUGGCAGUCAAGGAGGCAUUUCCUUUGGCGGUCAAGGAGGCACUUCCGGUGGCAGUAGCGGUUCCAGCAAGGGUGGUAGCCAUGGUGGUAGCAGCAGUGGAAGUUCCGGCAGUGGCAACAAUGGAAGCAAAGGUGGUAGCUCCGGUAACGGUGGCAGUCAAGGAGGCAUUUCCAUUGGCGGUCAAGGAGGCACUUCCGGUAACGGUGGCAGUCAAGGAGGCAUUUCCUUUGGCGGUCAAGGAGGCACUUCCGGUGGCAGUAGCGGUUCCAGCAAGGGUGGUAGCCAAGGUGGUAGCUCCAGCACUAGUGGCAGCCAGAACGGUAGUCAGGGUGGUAGCAGCAGUGAUAAUGUCCAUUCGCGUUACGGUGGUAAUGACGAAGAUGGUAGCAGCCAAGGUGGUUGUGAUCGAGGUAGCAGUAGCCAUAGUAGUUCCAACAGUGAUAGCUCCAGCAGUAGUAGUUCCAACAGUGGCAGCUUUGUUCUUCCUGGUGUUAGCGGCAGUGUCAGUAGCAAUGGCCUCGGAUCUGGUCAGGGAGGCAUUAAACUGCACUAAUGCAAAUAGUUCGAUGGCCGAAUCUCGAUCGGCAUUUAUUUUUGUCCCACUUUCAUUAAAAAGAUGUAUCGAAUUUAAAAAUAUAAUGAUGUGAGCA